CAGAGCUUCUAUCAAGAAGAGUCUUCUUAUUCUCUCUGAGGACCGCUGCACCGAAUCCUUCUAGUUUUUCUCAUCUUUCUGGCAGAGUGUCGAAAUGUCUGCUGCCAGUUUUGUGCUGACUGAAGAUCAGUUCCUGUGCUCCAUCUGUCUGGAUGUCUUCAGUGAUCCUGUCAGCACACCAUGUGGACACAACUUCUGUCAGAGCUGCAUCACUGAGCACUGGGACGUCAACGCCCCGUAUUGCUGUCCCAUCUGUAAAGAGGUUUUCAGAAGCAGGCCUGAGCUGAAGGUGAACACCUUCAUCAAGGAGAUGGCUGCUCAGUUCAGACAGUCAGCUCACCUGGAGCCUCAUCUGACCACGAAGAUACAUCAGCUGAUCGACCCUGUGGAGAGCCUAGAGAGCAGGAUGUGUGAGAAGCACAACAAAGAGCUGAAGCUGUUCUGUAGGAACGACCAGAGGCGUGUCUGCAUGAUGUGCACAGUUUUAGACCACAAGACUCAUGAUGUUGUUCCUCUGAAAGACGAAUAUGGAGGAAAGAAGUCUAAAAUUCAUCAGAUGAUCCAGAAGAAACGACUGAAGAUGGAGGAGCUGAAAUGCUCAGUGGAGCUCAAUGAUAAGAACGCAGACAGAGAGAUAGCAGAAGCUGUUCAGGUCUUCAGCGCUCUGAUAGAGACUGUGCAGAGAAACCUCAACAGACUCAUCGAUUCAAUCAAGGAGAAGCAGGAAAAGACAAAGAACCAGGCUGAAGGCUUCAUCAGAGAGAUGGAACAGGAAAUCUCUGAGCUGGAGAAGAGGAGCACUGAGGAGGAUCAGCCCUCACGCCCUGAAGACCCUCUCCAACUCCUGAACGCUGCUCUACGCAACAAGGCCUGGACUGAAGUCAGAGUUCACCCGCCUUCAUAUGAGGGGACUGUGAGGAGAGCCUUAAACCAGCUGGAGGAGACCAUCAGUCAACAGAUGAAGAAGCCGAUCUGUGAGGUGGGGCUAAAGAAAGUCCAGCAGUAUGAGGUGGAUGUGACCCUUGAUCCUGAUACCGCACAUCCUAAACUCAUCCUGUCUGAUGAUGGAAAACAAGUCAAACACAGUGACAUAAAGAAGAAUCUCCCACAAAGUCAAAAGAGAUUUGAUUUCUAUAGUUGUGUCUUAGCAAAGCAGAGUUUCUCUGCAGGCAGAUUUUACUACGAGGUUCAGGUUAAAGGGAAGACUAAGUGGGAUCUAGGAGUGGCCAGGAGGUCGGUCAAGAGGAAGGAAGAUAUCACACUGUCUCCUAGGAACGGUUUCUGGGUGAUAUGUUUGAGGAACAAAAACGAGUACAAAGCUGGUGCUAGUCCACCAGACCGUCUCUCUCUUCAGUCUGGUCCUGAGAAGGUGGGGGUGUUUGUGGAUUAUGAGGAGGGUCUGAUCUCCUUUUAUGACGUUGAUGCUGCAGCUCUGAUCUACUCCUUUACUGGCUGCUCCUUCACUGAGGAACUCUGUCCAUACUUUAGUCCCUGUAUCAACGAUGGAGGUGAAAACUCUGCUCCUCUGAUCAUCUCUGCAGUCAGUCAGACUAAAGAGAUCAGGUACCCAUUCUAAACAGAGACUCACUAAAAUCCAGUGUAAUAAAAGGACUUGCGUUUAUUUUAGUGCCUCUUUUUCUGAUGUUUUUGUUCCAUGUAUGACUUUCUCACUGCUGUAUCAAACCACAUUUAUCACUGAUCAUUAUAACAUAUAAAGUAAUCUAUGAGUUUAAUAGCCGCCUGUAUCUGUAUUUAAGUAAUUUUCAGCCAAAACAUGUACACAGAAGAUUUUUGACAUGUCCUAAAUGAAAUGAUCUUAUUUUGUUAAAUUAUGUGACCUGGCUCAA